CCGCGUUCGGUCGUGUUUGCUAGUUCCAGCGCCAACCGUAACUAAUCUUCGGGGCUGACGAUCGGCGCUGAGUAUUUGUACUCUUGUACAAAAUAAUUGAUCUCAUUGCGCAGUGCGUUCAAAUGGUGGUGUACUGAUCGUGUCGUAGGUGGGUGGUUUGAACGCGGGAUAAGCAGUGACUUAGUUGGAUUUCAGCAAAACGCUUACAAAAGAGCUAUUAGAGUUACACAAUAUAUCCCAUUUCGGACUUGGCCUGCUGUUAACAGUUUGCGUGUUAACGCAUAUGAAGGUCAUAUACAUUAGGCAAUCGUUUUUAUUCAAUCUUUUAGUGUUCAUUCAACUUGAUUGUAUUGAAUCGGCUAUUUUCUUAGUGACCCGUCGAGGUAUCCAUGAUUACAAGGAAUUGUAUCGAGUCUCGUUAAAAAGUAGUUUUAUUUCUUGUAACUAUCUCCCCACCAUUGUAAUAUCGUCGACGCGAGGAGUGUUUGGCUGAAUUAAUUACUUGAAGUGCAGUGUACAAGCGGAUUGAAAAAAACAUACUAAAGCUCCAGCGACGGCCAGGCUGUUUGUUACCAAUCCGUCAGAUGGAGAUCUGUGAAGUGUAUAGGGGGAAAAUAUGAUCGUAAAUGAAUAAUUAGUGUGAACGAAGAAAAUGGCCCAAUUGAAAAAAGGAAAGGCGAUCUAAAUAAUAUAUAAUUUUUGCUCGUUUUCGCCGUGUUACUAAGCAACGAGACGAAACUGUAAGCUAGCUGGUGGCCGAUCGAGGUUUACUACGCGUGAAACGGGAGACUUGAAUGUCAGUGGCGACGAACCUUGAUUGCUGCAGUGCUACCAUAUAGUAGUGUGUGCGUUGAACUCACAUGGAGAGAAGCCGUACAUUUUGGAUAGGUGCACGCCGUGUUGAUUCGUUUCAUUCGUUCAGUCUAGAAUUAGAAUGGAGAAACAAUAUCGGUUUCGACAGUCAGUACAUAUUGCAUAGCCGCCAGGAGUGAUCGUGUCGCGUGGCGCCCCACCCGGUUGUGCCUAGCUGGAAACAAAAACGGAAACAAUCUCCGUCAGUAUGAUCUUGAAGGUCGCACCGAUUCACCGCAUGACUGACGACUGUGAUUCCUGUUUCUGGCGAUCGAUCAGCGUAUUGCCCGUGGUGCAGCAGAGAUUCGAAGAGAACCAUUGAAAAAAGCUAAGCGUCACCAUUUUAGCAUAGGCGGUGGUGUUGCAAGCGCAGUGACAGCAAGUGCGAUAGUUAAGUGAAUAGAAGGUAGAAGGUGAUUAGCGUUUGUAUAUUUUUCAACAAUGAAACAACACCGACUGGCGAUCGGUGUGUUGGGAACUUUAAUUAUCUUUCUGUUGAGCCAACUGCAGACUGCUCGUGCGGAAUACAUUCCACCUGGGCCGAAGUACACAUGUCCGGAAAAAGUAAAAUUCCUGUACCCCUGCGUCUGUACACGUGGAACGGACGAUGGAAUCUACGUUACAUGCGAGAACUCGAAUCUGGCCAGCCUGUCGGUGGCUUUCAUCAAUCUGGCCAGUCUGCGACUGCCGGUGGAGGAGUUGCACAUAAAGCGGUGUAAAAUAAAAAACCUCUUUGGCACCCUGCUGCACAAGCUGAGCGUGAAGCGACUGUACGUGCUCGAUACACCCAUUGCCAGCAUCAGCGAUCAUGUGUUCUACGGGAUCAACGACACGCUGUUGGAGCUGCAUCUUGUGCACAGCGAGUUGACAGCUUUCCCUGCGGAUGCGAUGAAAGUGCUGAGUCUGCUGAAAGUGCUGAAUAUCGAUGGACAUCGGGUGGAAACUUUGCCCAAAGGUAUAUUCGGAGGAAUGACCUUCGAUGGGGCACUGGAAAAAUUCCACUUUGUCAACGGAUUGCUGACCGACAUGGGGAUGGAAGUUUUCAUGGCUUUCAAAAAAAUAAAAACAUUGGAUCUUCACGGUAAUCAACUAGUAACACUAAAGAAGGGACAAUUUAAGGGACUCCGGGAAGCGGAGAUUUUGGAUUUGAGUCAUAACAACCUGACGAAGCUGGAUGCCUCACACAUUUCCGAUUUAACCAAAAUGACGUGGAUCAAUGUUUCGCACAAUGCAUUGUCGGAGAUCACAAGGGGUACCUUUGCUCGUAAUGCUGUUCUAAGAGUGCUGAACAUGGCCCAUAAUAAUAUAAAGAAAAUUGAUGCUAAUACGUUCCGAGGGAUGAGGUUCCUGCGAAGGCUGCAUUUAAAUGACAACAUGAUAAGUGAUGUUGGACGAGGAACAUUUGGAUCGGUCACGAGAAUCGGUACCAUUGAUCUGGCCAGAAAUAGAAUCAAGAAAGUGGACUAUCAAAUGUUCUUCCAGUUGAAUUAUAUUGAAAUUUUGAACUUGGCAGAAAAUGAAAUCACUGAGAUACAGAAAGACUCUUUCAAAGAUCUUUAUCUGACAAACAUCAAUAUUUCCCAUAACCGGCUGGAAACGAUUGAGCCCAAGUCAUUCAUCAAUUGUGCAAACAUGACGGUGCUCGACUUGUCCCACAAUCUUAUCAAAAGUAUACCACGAACUGCUUUCGAUGAAACGACCUACGCCUCUGAGUGGCUGUUAACACACAAUCUACUAACUAACAUGAGUCAAAUCCCGCUAGGAAACAUGACCGGGCUGCGAGUACUGAACGCUUCCUACAACAACAUUAUUGAAAUUCCCAAGAACACAUUCCCAAAAUUAUACGAACUGCAUACGAUCGACGUGUCACACAACAACAUCUCCUUUAUUUACAAUGCCGUUUUUCAGAACUUAUUUUCCUUGCGGAUACUAAAUCUAAGCCACAAUGCGCUUGAAAAAAUCGGUCCAUCUACUUUCGGUACCCUGCCAACCCUACUUGAAAUGGAUAUGAGUAACAAUAAUCUGAGAGAUAUUACCCGUGGAGCAUUGGCCAAAACGAGUGGCUUGCGUUUCUUGACCAUGUCCAACAACAAACUUGAGCGGAUUUUCCAAAUUCCUAUUUCGCUGAACCACUUGUACCUGGCCAAUAACGAAAUCAAUGAAAUUCCUGAUAAGACCUGGCCCGUAAUGAACUCACUGCUCACGUUGGACUUGAGUCGUAACAAACUUCAGAAUAAUCUUCAACGUGGUAGCUUCGCUGGUUUGUUAACCCUUCAACGGUUAAACUUGGAAGCAAAUGAAAUUUCUGAAUUGCCGCGUGAUAGUUUGGCAGACCUCGGAACCCUACAGUAUCUGCAUUUGAGAGACAACAACAUUACCAAUCUACCGAAAGCUGCCUUAGGAAACCUUCCCAUACUAUUCGAGCUAGAGUUGAUGAACAACGGAUUAAGCAGUAUAAGCGGAAAAGCUUUCGAUGGUCUAUUGCAGCUUCUUAAGUUGAAUAUGUCCAACAAUCUUCUGGCUACAAUCCCGAAUGAUGCUUUUAUGGGACUUGUUUCGCUUCGGAAAUUGGAUGUUUCUUAUAACCUUCUAAGUACAUUGGACAACAAAACCAAUGGGCUGCUGGAUGACUGUCUCAGUCUGGAAGAGAUCGAUUUGAGCCAUAACCGAUUCAGUUUUAUCACGAAGAAAACCUUUCCAUCAAAUCAGUACAUACCGUAUCGACUGCAGAAGAUCAACCUGAGCAACAACACGAUUGCGAUCCUGACCCAUGAUUUGAAGUUCGGCACGAAAACUGUUACGCACCUUAACCUGUCACACAACAACAUCAAAGACAUUCGGAAAGGUGUGCUGGGAAAUUUAACCUCGCUUCAGACGUUGGAUUUGUCGCACAACGAGCUGGUCAAGGUGGAGAGCGAUGUGUUCAGUAUGCCCGAGAACUUUUCGGAGUUGAUAUUGCAUCACAAUCGGAUAUGGAAUGUGUCCUACGAUAGUUUGUUGAAAUUGAAGAAACUGGCGCUGCUUGAUCUGCGGGCGAAUCAGAUCGGUAGUUUUGACACGGAACUGGUGAACAAAAUGAGAGCAACCAAUUUGAGUGUGCUAUUUGAAGACAACCCUCUACUCUGCGACUGCUACACUAGACCCUUGUACAACUACCUGAAUACGCUGCCAUCGAUUCCCAGCGAAUACCGCAACAUCCGUUGCUCUGAACCAAGCACAACAUCCGGAAUGUCCCUGUACAGCGUGAGCGAUGAGCUACUAUCAUGUGUUCCAGCGGCCAAUAAGGAUAUCUAUAAAAUACUUCCGGACCUCCGAUUCCGAGAAGUUACCUACUUCCGAGGUCAACUGAUCGUUCACUGGUACGUCACCUCGACCAAAGACAUCGGAGACUUUUAUGUGUACAUCCGUGACCGACAGAACAAUAUCAUCUUCGAACGAGUGGUGUCCUACAGUAGCCGACUGACGGCUAUCAAGGGAAGGGAUAUCAAUUCGGAUGAUUCGUCGUCAUUGGAACUCUGCGUGCUUGCCAAGAGCAGUAGCGAGGAAAUCAAUUUCCUCGAAACGCAGUGCGUUCAAAUGCCGAAAGAUUUCGAUGCGGUGAAACAGAAGUACAACGAGAACUACAACUACAAACUGCCUUUGAGUCUGACGGGUGACCAAAAUGGGCGCUCCGGUAGCUGUGAUAAUGCUGUAAUAAAUAGUUUAGUUUUGCUAGUAAGUAUAGCCGUUGGUGUGUUCAGUGGGCGAGGUUGGAGCAGUAGUUAGCGUUGAAAGUAAGUGAAACAAAAGAUUUUUCUCUUAUGUGACAUUUUAUUUGAUAUGUACCAUUCAUUGUAGCGACGGAAAUAAAGUAUUUAUUUGUAAAGUUAA